AUGAUGGUUAUGAUUACCGAACCCCAAGUUAUGAUUCUCUCAAAGAAUUAAUUGAUACGCGAUUUGCUGUUUUCGAUGUUCUUCCGAAUUUUUUUUAUCAUCAAGAUAGUUGGGUUGGGCUUGCCGCAUUAGAAGUUUACGCCCGACGCGCUUAUCAUGCCUAUCAACUUAUAAACGUUGAAUACUACACAGAUCAAACCCCAUUAGAACUUCUCGUUUCAUAUUAUUACG